UGCAAUAUUUACAUGACGUUUUAGGAAUGGGACGACCGCAGAAAAAGUAUGAGAAAGGUGCGGCAACUGCAUACAUCGCAAGGAACCAGGCUUUGAAGAAGUUACAGUUAUCUUUACCUGAUUUUAGGCGUCUAUGUAUCUUGAAAGGGAUUUAUCCUCAUGAGCCCAAACACAAGAAGAAGGUCGGAAAGGGGAGCACCGCAGCUAAAACAUAUUAUUUCUACAAAGAUAUACAGUUCCUGCUCCAUGAACCCAUUGUCAACAAAUUCAGGGCAUUUAAGAUAUUUGUUCGAAAGCUAAAGAAAGCCCUUGCUAAAAAUGAAGGUGACAGAGCAAAGAGACUGCGGCGAAACAAGCCAAAAUAUAAAUUAGAUCACAUUGUGAGGGAAAGAUACCCUUCUUUCAUUGAUGCACUACGGGAUCUAGAAGACUGCCUGUCCAUGUGUUUCCUUUUUGCCGGCUUCCCAAAGACGAGAAAGACCCACAGUGAAGUCAUUCAAUUAUGUCGGAGAUUGAGUGUUGAGUUCCUUCACUAUUGUAUUGCAGCAAAAGCACUGCGGAAGGUGUUUAUCUCCAUCAAAGGCAUAUACUACCAAGUGGAGAUCAUGGGACAGACACUCACUUGGAUUGUUCCACACAAACUCGGCCAUGAGCAUCCUACCGACGUUGACUACAGGAUUAUGGCGACCUUUGUUGAGUUCUACACCACCAUGUUGGGUUUCAUUAACUUCAGACUGUACCACACCCUAAAUCUCCACUAUCCACCAAAGCUUGAUCUUGAGCUCGAUUCAAAAGAUCCCGGGGAUUUGUGUUCAAAAGCGGAGCAGUUGGAAGAGCGGCUUGCUGCGAUGACGCAAAGUCUAGCAAAAAUCGGAGACAAUACCGGCGAUGAUGAUGAUGCUAAUGCAGAUGAGUUUCCAUCUGUUGUGUCUGAUGAUCCUGAUGUUAUUGAGCAAGCCAAAGUUGAACAGGAGAAGAUGACCAAGUUCCUCAAAUUGUUCAAGGGAGUCAAGUGCUUCGUAAAUAGAGAGGUGCCAAGGGAAGCGUUGACAUUUGUCAUCAGAAGCUUUGGAGGUCAGGUGUCCUGGCACAAAACAAUGGCAUUGGGCGCCACCUUUGAAGAAACAGAUGAAUCAAUAACGCAUCAAAUCGUUGACAGACCAGAAGUGGAGAAGCAGUACUUGUCACGAUAUUACAUUCAGCCUCAGUGGAUCUUCGACUGUAUCAACGCGAGAAAGCUACUUCCUGUUGAAGACUACUUCCCUGGUGUUACCCUACCUCCCCAUUUGUCACCAUUCGUUGAAGAAACAGAAGAUGACUACGUGCCACCGGAAAAACUCAAAUUAAUGGGCAGGCAAACUGAUUCUGAAAUAUCUAAUGAAGAAUCUGGUGAAGGAAGCAGUGAUGAAGAAGAUGAACUCGAAGGGGAUGAUGAUGACGAGGAGGAGGACUUGGAACAGGAUGAUGAUGAUGAUGAUGAUGACAGCAGUGAUGAUGAAGAAGAUAAGUCUGCUAAGAAACGGAAGACUGAGACAAAUGAUGCUGCAUCCCAACCAAGCAAGAAGAGAGAAAAGAAGGACUUGAAUGUGAGCACAAUGUCAGUUGAGGCGGGGGAAGUCGAGGUGGAAGACAUUGAUAAGAAACUCAAGAAACAGAUGGACGAGGAGCGUCGCCUAGGCGAGAUGAUGAUUCCCAAGAAACAUCGUCGCUUGUACAAAAAGAUCAUGCAUUCAAAGAAGAAGAAAGCACAGGAGGUUAAGAAGCUUAAAGAGAAACGUGAAGAGUAUGAAAAAACUCAACGAAUUGAGAGAAAGAAGAAGAAGAGCAAAGCUUGAUGUUUAGGAAAAAUGAAACAGAUGAUGGACAUUGCAUGUACAGUAAAACCUCUCUAUCAAGGACACUCUUGGGACUGACAACGACUCACUUGAUCGAAAUGAACAACUUGAGCCUUCAAGUGUCCUUUUUGAGUUGGUGUUGUACCAACAGAGGUGUCUAAUAAGAGAGGUUUCACUGUUCAUGUAGUCAUUAGUCAAGAAGAGUUGACGUGUAUCUAGAUGUGAAACUCUUCUUCUAAUAUUUUAAGCACUCACAACUUAGCACCUAUAAAUGCUGCUUCAAAUUAUAUGAAAUUCAAAGGAUUAUUCUAACCGGUCAAGUGAGGCUGCAUUAGUUUAAUAGCAUGGUUAGUGAUUGUGAAAGUGAAAAACUCUGUCCUGAAAUGAAAUCAUUGAAGUCUUGCAGUUGUAGAGUUAUGUCACAACCACAGUACCACCUCAAGUAACAUGUAUACCAUUUCAAGCAGUGUUUGUGGGAAUUGUGACUGAAGGAUGAGCAAAACAGAAGUUGUGGUAUUUGGCAUGUGUAUUGGUGAUGAGAGUAAAGAAAAACAAAAUAAACUCCAUUUUCUCA